AUGGAGUUCGGACACCAAGACCGUAGCAUUCAUAGGCAGGAUGCGGUGUGCCAUAGCAUUUUGAGUGAGGAUAGAGACGUACUCUUCGCCGGAAAUAGAGGUGACAUCGGAGUCGAAUGUCACGCGGAUCAGGGCAUCGGGCGAGUUAUUGCUGAGCAGCGAGGUCGACAGGAGCCACACGGCUGGACCACCAGCUUCGCUCGAUGCGUCAGCGAUAUGCAGGAGACCAGCAUUGGCGCCCAGCAUCGGGUGCUUGAGCUGGAAGAACUCCAUCUUGCCAGAGGGUCCGAUACGACCAAACGUGCCGGUACCACCAGUAGCAUUGCCAGCGAGAGUGAACCAUACACCCUCCAUGGGACCGUAGCCAGAGAUCAUUCCGACGGCGUUGUUGCCAACACUGGGCGGAAUUGGAAGCUGCGCCGUCUCGCCGGUGGUGAGAUUGAUCCGCAUUAUAGACGAGUCGGUAUCUUGCGUGACGUAGAUCAAGCCGGUGGUCGGCUCCUCCUUGAUAAACACGGGGCUGUUGAGGCAUGGGUACAGCUUCUGGUCCGUCGAGUUGGUGACAUCCGCCGAGAACACAUAGUACCCGCCAGUUUGCUUGGAGGCUACCUUGAGCCCGGCCCAGACGCGGUUGCCGAUCUCAAACACACAAUGCGGCCCAUUUCCUGGUGCCGGGAUAUCAAUUGUUUUUAUAAUGGUCGGCGGAGUCGCGAGAUCCUUGCCGGGAUCCACGAGGAGCAGCUUGUUGUCAGCCUGCAGCGUCAGCCACAUCAUGCCGGGGUACACGGUCGAGGGCCACACGCCAUGUAG